AUGGAUCACGCGGUGCACGCGGCCCGUGGCCGGCCGUGGAACAAGCUGCGGUUCGAGAACAACGAGCUCGAGAGCCUGUACCAGCGGUACACGCUCAAGCUGCAGCGCUUCUCCGUGACCGGCGUCGUCGCCCUGGUGGUGAUCCUGUGCGGCGUAAUGGGCGGUCUCAGCCUCGGUUAUAACCAGGCCCCCACGCUACACAACGUGUUCAACACGUUCAUGUGCUUGCUGUUCACGAUCGUGCUGGGGUUGCUGCAAUUUCGGCUGAUACGGGACUCGCGGCUACCGUACCUGUGCUACGGGAUCCUGUUCUUCACCGCCGCGUUCUGCUUCAUCUCGAUGCCGACGGUCGGCAUCGUGUUUCCGGUCGACACGCGCGAGGUGAUGGCCGAGGGCGUCUGGCAGAUCGUGUUCGUGAUCUUCCUCGCGUACGCCAUGAUGCCGCUGCAGAUCUGGGAGGCGGCCCUGUUCGGGCUGAUCCUGCCGUCGAUCCAUGUCGGGCUCACCGGGUACAACAUCUACAUCGGCAACUUCCAGUACCUUGCGUACCAGCAGCUGGCGGCCAACAUCGUUAUCUUCGUUGGCGUGAACGUGGCCGGAUUCGUGGUGAACGUGAUGAUGGAACGGGCCCAGCGGCGUGCCUUCCUCGAUACGCGCAACUGCAUCGCCGCCCGCCUCGAGAUGGAGGACGAGAACGAGAAGCUGGAGCGCCUGCUGCUGUCGGUGCUGCCGCAGCACGUCGCGAUGGAGAUGAAGAACGACAUCCUGUCGCCGGUCGAGGGCCAGUUCCACAAGAUCUACAUCCAGAAGCACGAGAACGUGAGCAUCCUGUUCGCCGACAUCGUCGGCUUCACGGUGCUGGCGUCGCAGUGCAGCGCCCAGGAGCUGGUUCGGCUGCUGAACGAGCUGUUCGGACGGUUCGACCAGCUGGCGCACGACAACCACUGCUUGCGCAUCAAAAUCCUCGGCGACUGCUACUACUGCGUGUCGGGCAUCCCGGACCCGCGGGCCGACCACGCACGCUGCGCGGUCGAGAUGGGCCUGGACAUGAUCGACGCGAUCGCGUCGGUCGUCGAGCAGACGGACGUGUUCCUGAACAUGCGCGUCGGCAUCCACUCGGGGCGCGUGCUGUGCGGAGUGCUGGGGCUGCGCAAGUGGCAGUUCGACGUCUGGUCGAACGACGUGACGCUCGCGAACCACAUGGAGAGCGGCGGCGAGCCGGGCCGGGUCCACGUGACGCGCGCCACACUCGAUGCGCUCGGCGGCGAGUACGAGGUGGAGGCGGGCUACGGCGACACCCGGGACGCUUACCUGCGCGACAACCAGAUCGACACGUACUUCAUCGUCCCACCGGCGCACCGCCGUAAGCCUCUGAUGCUCAACACGCUCGGUGUCCGGUCGGCACUGGGAGCAGCCAAUCGGCGCAAGCUGUCGUUCCGGAACGUCUCUAACGUGGUGGUGCAGCUACUGCACACGAUCAAAUACUCGGUCCCGGUGCCAUUCUCGCACAUGGCCACCGGCAGUGGUGGAUCGCCGUAUCCCAGCACCAGCGCAGGGGCCGGCGGGGGCCCAGGAUGCAGUGGCGUGGGUGGCGCCGGUGCCACCAGUAGCUCCAACGGCGCCGGAGGUGGACUGUUUUUGGACAAAAACGCCCGAAAGAACAAGGUGACGGAUAAGUUUAAACGACCGUUCAAGAAGCGUCACUCGAGCGUUUACCAUCAGCCCACGAAUCGCGUCAACAAGUUUCUGUCGCAGGCGAUUGAGGCACGCAGUGUCGAUCGGGAGAAGUCCGUACACGUGAAGCGCAUCUCGCUGCAGUUCCGCGAAAAGGAGAAGGAACGUCAGUACCAUCAGGAUUUCGAUCUCGGCUUUACGACCGCGAUGGGCUGCAGCUUGCUGUUGCUCAUUCUCAGCGCUGGCUUGCAGAUAUCGGCGCUGCCACGCACGCUCAUCCUGUUGCUGCUCUUCUUGACCGCGUUCGUGUGGAUUAGCGCCAUUUUGAUGUUGCUGCUAGCGGUGCGCCUGAAGUGGAUCUUUUGGGACCUCUCGCAGAGCUUUUCGCUUCGGCUGGCCAUCACCAUCUUCACGAUAGUGCUACUCUACUCGGUCGGCCAAGUGAACGUGUUCACCUGUUUGUCGGAUCACCCGUGCACAACGAACUUCACCACCAAAAGCGUACACGUUGAACCGCAAUCGACGGGCGCAGGCGACGACCUGUUGUUGAGAGCGGGUGACCCGAAUUCGGUCGGCGACCAAAGUGCGUGGUCCGGCCAGCCACUGAAUAACUACAGCCACCGGAAGUGUGCUCUCCCGCAGUACAUCGCACUGUCCGCUGCCUACUCCUUUCUGACGGUUUCCAUCUUCCUACGGCUUCCCAUUUUGAUCAAGACCGUGCUGGUCACGCUGAUGGGCCUGGUCUACUGUCUGUUCAUCGAACUAUCGCACGCCAACAUUUUCGACUGCUAUGAUCAGCGUGUGGAGUCAGCAAUCCCGCUGCACACGAUUUCGGUGGCGCGUAUUUUGAUCUUCAUGAUCGCAAUCCUGGCGCACGGGCGGCAGGUCGAGUGGACGGCCCGGCUCGACUUCCUGUGGCAGCUCCAGGCGUCACAGGAGAAGAAGGAAAUGUCGGUGCUGCAACAGUCCAACCGGCGCAUCCUUUAUAAUCUCCUACCGUCACACGUGGCCGCCCAUUUCCUCGACAACCAGUUUACUCGCAGUAACAUGGCCACGAUGCGACAGGAUCUAUAUCACCAGAGCUACAGCAAGGUUGGCGUCAUCUUCUGCAGUGUGCCGAACUUUCACGAAUUCUACACCGAGCUCGACGGCUCGAACCAGGGUGUGGAGUGUUUGCGCCUGCUCAACGAGAUCAUUGCCGACUUCGACGAGCUGCUGUGCGAGGAGCGCUUCCUGGCGAUAGAUAAAAUCAAAACCGUCGGCAGCACGUACAUGGCGGCCGUCGGGCUUAUACCGGAUUACAAGAUGCUACCGACCGAGCCCGGCUCGACGCGCAAGCUGAUGACGGCUCUGGUCGACUUCGUGAAAGCGAUGCGCGUCACGCUCAAGAACAUCAACGAGAACUCGUACAACAACUUUAUGCUGCGCGUCGGCGUCAACAUUGGCCCAGUGGUUGCAGGUGUGAUAGGGGCUCGCAAGCCACAGUACGACAUCUGGGGCAAUACGGUGAACGUAGCGUCGCGCAUGGACUCAACCGGGAUACCCGGCUACACGCAGGUCACCCAGGAGGUGGUCGAUAGUCUGCAGGGAUCGCACUUCGAGUUCCGCUGCCGCGGGCAGAUCAAGGUGAAGGGCAAAGGCGACAUGGUGACGUAUUUUCUGUGCGAGCAGAACGAGCAUCUGUUCGGUGGGCAGCUGGCGGCCGGAGGCCCGGGAAGCGCCAACGGGCCAACAGUAGGCUCGGGCGGGACAUCUUUAACCGGAGGAGCUGGAUUGGCUGGAGUCGCUGGAGGGGGUGUUGCGGGCGGCAGCGCGGGCUCGGCUGCCACGGGGCAGCUUAUGCUGAUGGGAGCGAUGAGCAGUGGUACGGCCGGUUCGCUGGCGAGAGAACGUUCCUCGCAGAGCUACUAUCUCAAGCAACGCACCACCACCACCACCGAUCAAGAGUCAACCUUGGGCAGUGGUGGAAGCAAGACGGGAAAUAAAUGGCAGUCGCACGAUGGUGGUAGCUAUAGCAGUAAAAAGGAGAGCUACAACUUUCUCGAAAGUCCCAACCUGCUGCAGCAACAGCAACAGCUUCACCAGAUGCAGCAACUUCAGCAAGCGCAAGCGGCUCAGGCGGCGGCUAAGCAUCUCUUUCAUUACCAGCAACCUCAGGAGCAGCCCCAACAGCAACAGCAACCACAGCAACAACAGCAGCAACAACAACAACAACAACAGCAGCAGCAGCAGCAGCAACAUCAUCAUCAUUUUAAUCACUCUAAAGGUGCUUACAAGCAGCACAACAACAUCCACAGUGACCUUAUUAGUACUUCUGGAGGCGCUUUCGUCGGUAAUGGCCACUACCCCACCCGUGGCAACGAAUCUGGUGCCCAUCACCAUCGUCACCGACAGCAGCAGCCGCAGUACCGCCAACCACAGACACAACCCGGCGGUGGGCAAGGUAUGCCUCUUCCUGCGAGCUACAACAGUAGGGAGAACUUUAACAUCAUCGAAAACCCGAAUGUCACCGAUCUGGAUGAAAAUGGUUUUAGCAACCGCCAACAGCAGCAGCAGCAGCAUCACCAGCAGCUACUGCAGAGAGAUUAUGCAAACAAUGGGCACAAAGGCAGAAAUCAUCAUCAUCAGCAGCAGCAACAGCACGGUGGGCAGCACGCCGGUAUUAACCACAAUCCCAGCAACCGGGGUGCGUACGUUAGCGCAGCGGAGAGCGAACCAUUGCUCGGCGGAACGGUCGGCGUGGGCAACGUAGUUGGCAAAGCGAUCAUCAAACCAAUUCAGCAGAUUCAACAGAUUCCCAAGUACGAACCGCCACGCUACGCCACCGGUUUGUCCGCCUUUCCGCAUGCCAUAAGUGGCCAGUGCUACGGUGUCGGUGCCAGUGGUUACGGUAUCGUAUCACACGGUACGCCACAGACUACACCACCACCACAACCAUCGGUAGUACGCCACCAGUCGCAGCAGCAGCAGUAUCAGCAACAUCAGUAUCCACAGGGCCAUCAUCAGCAUCAGCAGCACCAACGACAGGCGGCGGCGGCAGCAUUGCUGAAACAGUACAUCAAGCCGCUGCCGAAGCUGCCGGCCGAGUUUGACGAGGGUCGAGAAAUGUCAUCAACCGAUGAUCUCAGCUCGCGGCCCCACUCGCCCUCGGUCAGUUCGUCUGACGAGAGCUACUCCAAGACCACCGAAGAAGGGGACGAUUUCGAUGGCGAAGGUCCCCUGUCGCCCGUGCUUGGUGGAAACGCUGGCGCGCAACCGAACGCGAACGUGCACAACCCGCUCCAGUUUCUGUACCCGUGCGAUAUCCAGGUCGAUCCGACGCACGCUUCACCCAAACUGAGCCCGGUCGAGCUCGGCAACCUGCACGACUUUGAGCUUGGCAGCACGACGGCCGAAACGAAAUCGUCGUCGGUGCAGAAUCGUGGCGAAUCGUGCAACAGUUUCGAGUACCACGAGAAGGGAGCGCCACCGGUAGCGGCUGGCGGUAUCGGUGGUAGCGCGGGACCGGUGGUGCCUUCUACCGGCGCCUUCCCAAAGUCUCCUUUCGAGCGCGAACUGCAACGACGCAUGAAUGAAUCGCAAUCACGCCCGAUGCUGGCCAGCCACUGUGGCGGAAGCGGCAGCGGCGAGCGUCAUGAAGAAUCGCUCGAUCGCAAGAAGCAUGUCAACAGCAUCCUCAUCGCCAAGCACCCGGGAACACUGGAGGCGAUUAAGGAGGCGACGCGCAACAAAAACCCAUCGGAAUCGAGUCAUAUGCAAACUUCCGACACGGAAUCGUGUGAAGUUCUGCACGACUACGAAAUGAACGGCAUCGAGCGGUUGGCCGAAUUGCAGUCCCGAUUGCAGUUGGAUCCUUACCUGCCUCAAUCACUGUCAUCACAGCAGCUACAGCAGCACCAUCAUCAUCAUCCACUGUCACAACAGCUGCAUCAGCGCCAUCUCAACGAGUACAAUAACAAGUCGAACGAAAGAUCGUCCAGUCUGGAGGCGACGGGCGACGAUACCGAUAUGCGCCUGUCGGGCGAAGAGCGAGGCUACGAGGAGGAGGAAGACGACGAAGACGAGGAGCUGGGUGGGGAUGACGAUGAUGAUGACGAGGAAGAGGAGGACGAAGAUGAGGAGGAGGAGUACGACGACGAGCAGAAUAGUGGUGAGCAACGACGAUCGCAUGGUCAUCAUCGUGCCGCUGCCUCCGGUCGCCCGCGGCCGAACCGGAAUGCACGGCGCGCAAGCUGCUCGGAGGCGGUGGUUGCCGGUGGCAUGGUGGCCGGAGUGUCCACUGCCCGCAACUACAUCACUGACGAGCUAAAGUACGGUUCCGGGCACGGCCGAGGAGGCGAACGAGACAGCAGCCAACACAACAACAGCCACAGCUCGCUCCACAACCACCAGUCGCUGGACUCGAACCCGGUUGAGAGUCAGUCCGAGUGGAGCGAUGACGAGUGCCGUGAGGAAGCAGUCGGUGGUGCCGAAAGCACCGGCUACAUCACCGACGAGCCAGGCCUCGAAAACAUUUCGCUGUUGAACGAGACGGGCUUGACGGACGCCGAGGGGGCCCUUUCCGAUGUCAACUCGCUGUACAAUGCGCCUGACGUCGACGAUACGUCGAUUUCGUCCCGUGCCAGCAGCCGGCUGCUGAGCCUCGACUCGCUCAGCGGUCUGUACGAUUGUGACCUGGACUCGAAGCACGAGAUGGCGAUCGUGAGCGCGUCGCACAAAAUCACCAGCAAGUUCGGGCCGAUUGGGUGA